AUGGCUGUAUCUCUGGUUCACCACAUUGCCAACAACACCGUGCCCGAGUCGAUUCGACAUGCCCUUUGCUCCAUCAACUACACUAUCCUGGAGAAGGCCAAUGGCAAGUUUCGACCCGUGGGCACGGAUUCCAUCUUCAACAAGGUUGUCAACCGCGCUCUGCUCGAGCAACAGCAGCCACAUAUUGCCCACUUGCUACAGGCCAGUCCAGAGCUGGCCGUCGGAGUCAAGGACGGCAUUUCAGCAGCGGUUGGCAUGGCCUUUGGUGAGCUUCAAGCCUGUGAGUCUACCCCGGGCUGGACCAUGCUCUCCCUCGAUUUCAAGAGUGCCUUCAACUACACCGACCGAGCACGGCUGCACGAGAUUGUGGCCGACAAGGUCCCUGGCCUCUUGCGCGCCUUUGAACGACACUAUGCUCGACCCACUACCCACUGCAUUGUCGACAAGUUCUUCAAGGCAUAUCUGGCCUCACGCGAGUGGGGCGUCAGCACAGUCUUGAUCAUGCGGGGUCGGGACAAGUUGCGUCGCUUGAGCGACACGACCUUUGCCAUUGCGGUUGUGUCCAUGAUGGGUUUUGGCCUCCAUGAACUCAUCAACGUCAAGCCGACGGACAAGUGCCCGCUCUGCAGCAGCAAGACACCUCAGCCGCGACUAACCCGCGAGCACCUGCUGACCUGCCGUCCCAUCAAGCGACACAACGCCCUUCGCGACGAGAUGGGCCGCCUGCUCAGGUACGCCACCCUCUCCCAUGUCUGGGUGGAAAAGUCUGGCUACAACGCCAACGGUCAGAGCUGCCGCAUCGACCUGCACUGCCGCAACCCCUUUCCCGGCGGUGCUCUGGGCCCAGCUCUGCCCGACCUGGGCAUUGACGUGACUGUGCGCACAGCCCAACCCCCGACCACCUCGCAAGCCUGCAUCAAGGUGGGCGCUGCCCUUCGCCGAGCCGAAAAGGAGAAGCGCGACUACUACACCGGUUUCAACCAUGGAAAAACUCUGAUCGUCCCUGCGGCGAUGACGACAACCGGUGGGUUCGCCUCCUCCUUUGUGGAUCUGCUUGGUCAGCUCGCCCGCUGCGCCGAGGCCCGUGGUGUGCACCAGCCGGGGCUGGAUGAGGCCUUUGUUCCUCGGUGGAAAGGUCGCUUUGCGGCGCUGGUCCAUCAGAUGAACGCUGACCACAUCCAGCGCCACUUUGGCGGUGUCUGCCUGCGCUCGUCAAUCUAUGCGUUUUGUCAGCUGUGCGACCACAAGGGUGUGAUAGCAUUGAAGCACACGAAUUAUCCCACGUUUGCUCGUUGCUCAAAGUAUUUCUGCUCACUAUACGAGCACCUGCUGACCUGCCGUCCCAUCAAGCGUCACAACGCCCUUCGCGACGAGAUGGGCCGCCUGCUCAGGUACGCCACCCUCUCCCAUGUCUGGGUGGAAAAGUCUGGCUACAACGCCAACGGUCAGAGCUGCCGCAUCGACCUGCACUGCCGCAACCCCUUUCCCGGCGGUGCUCUGGGCCCAGCUCUGCCCGACCUGGGCAUUGACGUGACUGUGCGCACAGCCCAACCCCCGACCACCUCGCAAGCCUGCAUCAAGGUGGGCGCUGCCCUUCGCCGAGCCGAAAAGGAGAAGCGCGACUACUACACCGGUUUCAACCAUGGAAAAACUCUGAUCGUCCCUGCGGCGAUGACGACAACCGGUGGGUUCGCCUCCUCCUUUGUGGAUCUGCUUGGUCAGCUCGCCCGCUGCGCCGAGGCCCGUGGUGUGUACCAGCCGGGGCUGGAUGAGGCCUUUGUUCCUCGGUGGAAAGGUCGCUUUGCGGCGCUGGUCCAUCAGAUGAACGCUGACCACAUCCAGCGCCACUUUGGCGGUGUCUGCCUGCGCUCGUCGUAG